GGGGUAAAAGACACCGGUAGAAGCUAAUAGCUUUCAAUUAAGAUUAUGCCUUGGAAGAUAGACUUCAUAACGUAGUCAGUUAAUUGGGUGAUGUACGUCAUGAUGAGUCAGCUGUGAUGGUUGCUGUUGUGGAGACGCGUGUCAUGUCAAUUGUUCGGUUGAGGGAGGCGAAGCAGAGGUUAAUUUGUGAUGUUAAGGAGGCUAUGAUGUUGUUGAUGAUGGUGUUUAGCGUCAUUGGGGUGUUGUUGUUGUUGUUCCUGAGGUCAGGGUCAGGAGGGUUAGUGGUGGUGUUUGAUUCAUGUUGAGGUGGUGGGUGGUCUAGACCGCUACUAUGUACCUUUAAGCAGCAGCAGUAAUAGU